UUGUCCCAUACACAAAAAAUUCAUCUCCCCUCUUUCUCUCUCUUCCUCUUAACUUUCUCUCUCCACUUCCCAAUUUCCGUAUCUUUUCUCUUAAUCUCUCUCACUUCCCCUUCGCCAUCGAUCGGAAUUGUGGGAUUUUCUUUCUUGGUGGUUUUGUGAUUGUGUUUUUAUAGUGUGAAGUUAUAUUAUUUGGGUCAAUUUUUGUUGCUUCUUGUCUGAUCGAAGUUUUGGAGGAUUCAUUUCAAUGUUUAGAUAAUCGUCAAUCUGAUACGCCCAUGUCAGAUUGAUCGAUUUUUGUGUGCCAUGGAUUCUUGGGAGGGGUUUGUCGGUUUCUGGAGAUUGAAUUAGAGACAAAAUCAGAAUGGGAGUGGAUUCAGUUGGCGGAUUUCUUCAAUUGGGAGUGGCUCUGCUGAAACCAUAGAUGCAAUUGGGGGGAUUCAAGAAUCGACCCACCCACUACUGAACCCCACCGUCAAUUUCUGUUUUUAUUGUUUAGUUAUUGGUUUUGCUUUUUAUGCUUGAGGAUUAGCUCCAAUGGAGGAUUUGGGCGAUAUCAAUUCUUUGGUUGGAGCUUGAUUUCCUGCCUUGGUUAUGGCUAAGGAAGAAGUUAGCAUAAGUGAUGAAGCUGACCGUCGGUUACCUGCACACUCCAGCGCCGAAUGCGACCCACUGGCUGCUUCGACAUCGGCGUCUGUAGGACCGCUGUGGCAUCCUAGGCAACUCGGUUUUAGUCCUUAUUUGUACCGGGAAGAUGCUGCUGCUGCUGCUGCUGCUGCGAAACCCCAAGAUUCGCGUUUUGCCGCCAGAAUACCCCUGGUUGCUAGAUUAACCAAGGACAUCGUUGAAACCUACAGAAAAUGCAAUCCAGAGUUUAAAUAUUCAGAAGAGUUAAACCUGAAGAGAUUUUUGACGAGUCCAUCAACUGGAGUCCUCAAUGAUGGCUAUGAUAAUGUGAACUCAGAUCUUAUUUUGACGGUGAACUCCGUUUUACUCAAUUCUGAUACACAACGGAGAUAUGUUGUCAAAGAUCUACUUGGUCAUGGGACCUUUGGGCAGGUUGCUAAAUGCUGGGUUGCAGAAACUAACAGCUUCGUAGCUUUGAAGAUCAUAAAAAACCAACCUGCAUAUUAUCAGCAAGCACUGGUUGAAGUAUCUAUUUUGACAUUGUUAAAUAAGAAGUAUGAUCCUGAGGACAAGCAUCAUAUUGUCCGUAUUUAUGAUUACUUUGUAUAUCAACGUCAUCUGUGCAUUUGCUUCGAGCUGCUUGAUACAAAUUUGUAUGAGCUUAUCAAGAUCAAUCAUUUUAGGGGGUUGUCAUUGAGCAUUGUUCAAAUGUUAUCCAAACAGAUCUUAUGCGGGCUUGCACUAUUGAAAGAUGCUGGCAUUAUUCAUUGUGAUUUAAAGCCAGAAAAUAUUCUUUUAUGCACGAGCAGUGCCAAGCCGGCAGAAAUUAAAAUAAUUGACUUCGGAUCAGCUUGCAUGGAAGCCCGCACUGUUUAUUCUUACAUCCAGAGCCGCUACUAUAGGUCUCCAGAAGUCCUGCUCGGAUAUCAAUACACUACAGCUAUAGAUAUGUGGUCCUUUGGAUGCAUAGUUGCUGAGUUGUUUCUUGGACUGCCAUUAUUUCCAGGAGCUUCUGAGUUCGAUUUAUUGAGGCGGAUGAUCGACAUUCUUGGGGGACAGCCUCCGGAUUAUGUUCUGAAGGAGGCAAAACAUACUAGCAAAUUCUUUAAAUUUAUUGGAGGUUUCCAUAAUGAAAUUGGUGAUAUUUAUGGAAGUGGUCGAAGCAGUUUUCAAGCAUUAAAAGCAGAUGAAUAUGAAGCUAGAGAGAUGAAAAAGCCUUCAAUUGGAAAAGAGUAUUUCAAUCGAAUGAACCUCGAGGCAAUUGUGACUAACUACCCUUACAGAAAGAACUUAGCUGAGGAAGAUAUUAGGAAAGAGAGUCGAGUACGAUUGGCCUUAAUUGAUUUCCUAAAGGGCCUUGUAGAGUUCGAUCCUGCAAAAAGGUGGUCGCCUUUCCAGGCCUCCAAACACCCUUUUGUGACAGGAGAGCCUUUCACAUGCCCAUACACGCCUCCACCGGAGACCCCACGUUUGCUUGUUUCACAAAGCAUAAAGGUGGACAACCAUCAUCCAGGUGGAGGGCAUUGGUUUGCAGCUGGUCUCUCUCCCAAUAUUGCAGGUAGGAGCAGAGUUCUGCAGAGCAGCCCACAUUUUCAAAUGGUACCAUAUGUCCAUGCCAACAGUUAUGGCAGCGUUGGAAGUCAUGGUAGCUACAACGAAACUAUUGGGUUCGGAAACAGCUACGGAAGUUACGGAGACAAUGGUAUGCUUGCCUAUUAUUCACCUGUUGGUCCAUCUGGAAUGAAUAUGCAUCCUCAGGGAAGGAUAUCAAUGCGUGCAAGCAGCCCAGAUACUCGGCAGAGGGUUUUCCAAUUAUCACAUGGCAAUGGGAUUGGUGUGAGCCCAUCAACCGGGAACUUUGCGCCACUGCCCCUAGGCACGAGUCCAUCGCAGUUUACUCCACCGAGCAGCUAUGGUCAAGUUUCAGUGGGCUCUCCUGGACACUUUGGGCCAACUUCUCCUGCAAGGGGUAGUUGUCAGGGAUCGCCUUUGGGGAAAAUGGCUACAGUCGGUCAAUUUAAUAGAAGGAAAUUUUGGGAUUACUCUGGUAGUCAUGAUGGUUCUUCAUCUUCGCACUGGCAAGGUCAAUCUACUGAAGGCACGAGUUACGGUCUACAAGCUGAUGGGAACUCUUUACAUGGUUGCUCCCCAUCUCAUCUACCACCAAGUAGCAAUGCCAGCAGCUGGAAGCAGCAGCAUCAAGUAGGUAGUGGAAGCUCUGCUGGUUACCCUACCAUUCAGAGUAUGCCAGGAGCUCAUUUGCCUGGUUCCAAUAUGCAAUUUUCGCAACCAUCGGACGUGGCUCGUAACAAGUCUGAAUUGCCUGAUCCUGGAGAUUGGGAUCCCAAUUAUAGUGAUGAACUACUCCUCCAAGAUGAUGGGGAUUCAGAUGUCAGCAGCAUUGCGAGUGAGUUGAGCAACAUGCAUGUGGGUUCAUCUAAUCCAUCGAUUGGGAUUGGAAGAUUUCGUAUUCCAAGCGCUAAUUUGAAUGUAACCUCACAAAGAAAAAGUGGACAUGUCCAAGAUAUGGGAAGCCCGCCCUCAGGUCAAGAUUUGUACACCGGAUAUGGUCGUCCCUCAUCGAAGCAUUCCCAUUUCAUGGCUCAUAGUUCACACAAUUCCCCGAGCCGUUUGGGGCAGCAACCUGUUGAGCGAUGGAAGGAAGGGAGAAGCAGGAAGGUCGGAGGAGGUUACGAGUGGAACCAGGUGAAGAUCCAACCGCCUCUUGCGAGCUAUAAUUCUGGAGGCCCUGGUUCUCCCGGAGGAGGAGGAAGUGGUGGUGGUGGUGGUGGUGGUGGGUCCUUGAGGAGUAGGAGUGGUGGGAUGUCAUGGGGUAAAUAUGAUGGUGAUGAUGCUUUGAAAACCACAGUAUAUGGUGUGAAUGUGAAUGAAUGAAUGAAUGAAUGAAUGAUUUUAAUUUUAAUUUUGAAAAUGGUUAUUAAGAAGAUGUGUAUGUGUGGUUCCUCCACCAUCCUGCGUAACAAAACACUAUGGGAGGAUCAUACUAUACUAUACUAUUUCCCACCACAAUUGUAUUGCUAUUUCAAUAAAUUUUCAACCUUAAUUCUUUCUUUGCUUCA